AAUAUUUAUAUUUUAUGAAUUUUUUUCAGGCUACCAUGAAGAAUGGUCGUCGUUAUAGUACAAAUACAGCUUUUUUAUUUCCAGCAAGAACGAGAUCGAACUUACAUGUGAAAAAGGAGAGUACUGUAACACGAAUAAUUAUAGAAAAAGGUACGAAAAAAGCAAUAGGAGUGGAAUUCGUAACAAACCGUAAAAAAUAUAGAGUGUUUGUACGCAAAGAAGUAAUUGUUUCUGGUGGAGCUAUAAACUCGCCACAAUUACUCAUGUUGUCGGGGAUCGGACCGGAAGAACAUUUGAAAGAUAUAAAAAUUCCACUGAUAAAAGACUUGCCGGUUGGUGAAAAUUUGAUGGAUCACGUGGCACUAGGGGGUUUAAGCGUCUUGAUAAACGAUACUAUUUCAUUGAAAACCGACCGAUUGCUGAAAAAUCCGUUUAAUACACAAGACUAUAUUUCAAAUAAUUACGGUCCAUAUACAAUACCAGGUGCUGCGGAAGCCUUGGCGUUUUUCGAUUUAGACCGACCGGGAUCCUUAGAUGGACAUCCGAACUUAGAAUUACUAUUAAUUUCUGGUCUAUUUUCGGACAAUGAUUACACUCAUAGACUGUUCGGUUUGAAGACCGAGAUCUAUAAUCAAGUGUACAAGAAAACCGAAAACAUGGACGGUUUUACGGUGUUUCCGAUGAUUAUGCGACCGAAGAGUAAGGGCCGUCUGUGGCUAAAAGACGCAAACCCGUUCCACUAUCCACUGAUCGAUCCCAAUUACUUUGCGGACGAAAGAGACUUGGACGUGGCCGUAGCCGGAGUGCGGAUUUUCCAACAGAUGUUGAAAACUGACGCGAUGAAGAAGCUCGACGCCCAAUUAUUCGACACCCCGUUGCCCGGUUGCGUCCAACACAAAUUCGAUUCGGACGCGUACUGGAAAUGCUCGGCGAGACAAAUAAGUUUUACAAUCUAUCACUUGUCGGGCACAUGCAAAAUGGGACCGGUGGGUGAUCCCACAGCCGUGGUAGAUCCGAGAUUGCGCGUGCACGGCAUAAGCGGUCUAAGAGUCAUCGACGCAUCGAUAAUGCCGGAAGUACCGGGAGCGCAUAUCAACGCACCAACGAUUAUGAUCGGCGAAAAGGGCUCUGAUAUGAUUAAAGAAGAUUGGGGUAUAAGAGUAUAGACUGUAGUACUUGCAGAUUAAACUAUAAUUAGUCAAAUUUAUUAUAUAUAUUUCAUAUUUAUUUAAAAGAA